UAGGUACCUUUUUCUAUUUUCUUCUUCUUUCGCAUCAUUUCAUUGCUUCAAAUAAACCAAACAAAACCCAACAUGGAGAGCGCUUCAAAGCUGGUCCCUUUCCCAUUACUUCAAACUCCGAUCGAAUCCAACUACAGGGCAUGCACCAUUCCCUACAGAUUCCCCUCUGACAAUCCCAGAAAAGCCACUCCUUCUGAGAUUGCUUGGGUCGACCUCUUUCUCAAUUCCAUCCCCUCUUUCAAGCAACGAGCUGAGACUGAUCCUACUGUCACUGAUGCUCCUGUUAGAGCUCAAAAAUUUGCUGAAAGGUAUGCUGAGAUACUUGAGGACUUCAAGAAAGAACCAGAGAGUCACGGUGGCCCACCUGAUUGCGUUCUUCUUUGCCGAAUUCGUGAACAAAUCCUUAGAGAAUUGGGAUUCAGAGACAUAUUCAAAAAAGUGAAGGAUGAAGAGAAUGCAAAAGCUAUAUCCUUAUUUGGGGAUGUAGUUCGUCUUAACGAUGCUAUUGAAGAUGGAGGGAAGCGCCUAGAGAAUCUGGUUAGAGGAAUAUUUGCAGGAAACAUAUUCGAUCUUGGUUCAGCACAGGUAGGUUAAUCCUUUAUCUUAUGGCUUAGAAAAUCUUUAAACAUUCAAUUUUGGGUCUGACAGUUUGUACACUCGUCAUACAUAGCUUUUAAUUAUUAAUGCUGUCAAAAACCUGAAAACUUGACCACACACUAGUUUUGGGAUUAUGUUUUCUCUUAAACAGAGGUUUUCAUAUGUUUUCUCAUCUUAGGCACUGAUGUUGUUUUCAGCCUUGCUCUUGUAUUUUCAU